GAGAAAAAAAAAGGACAAAAGAUUGAAAUUAAAGAAAGCCCGUCAAUGAGCAGCGGCGGCCCCAAGAUUCAUCCACGAAUGGCCGCUGCCGUCUCCUUCAUUCUCCUCUCAUCUACGCUCCUCCUCCUCCUAUCACUGCUGCCGGAUCUUCCGACGGCGGCGGCCGCUCCUCCCUCCGACGCGGCAGCCCUCCUCCUCUUCAAGUCCUCCUUCCCCAACGCCGACGCCACCGCCCUCUCCGCCUGGUCGUCCUCCGCCGCCGCCGGCAGCCCUCCCUGCGACCCCUCCUCCCCCUGGCCGGGCCUCGUCUGCUUCCGCGGCAUCCUCACCGGCCUCCGCCUCUCCGGCCUCGGCCUCUCCGGCUCCUUCGACCCCGCCGCCCUCGCCCGCUUCCCCGCCCUCCGCUCCAUCAGCCUCGCCGGCAACUCCCUCUCCGGCCCCUUCCCCUCCGCCUCCAUGUCCCGCCUCUACGCCCUCAAGUCGCUCUACCUCUCCCGCAACUCCCUCUCCGGCCCCCUCCCCACCUCCCUCUUCUCCUCCAUGCCCCACCUCAAGAAGCUCUACCUCGACAACAACGCCUUCUCCGGCCCCAUCCCCGCCUCCCUCGCCAACGCCACCCGCCUCCUCGAGCUCCGCCUCGACCACAACCGCCUCGACGGGCCCCUCCCGACCACGCUCCCCCCCUCCCUCAAACAGCUCAACGUUUCUUACAACAGCCUCACCGGACCACCCGUGGAACCGUCUCUCGUCGCUCGGUUCAGCGCCUCGGCGUUCCUCGGAAAUCCCACCGCUUUGCCGUCGGCGCAGAAUGCUACUACUACUACUACUACUACUACUACUACUCAUGAUGGCAGAAAUAAUGACAACAACAACAAGGUCGGCGGCGUCGUGAUCGCCGUGCUAGCGUUGCUGGCCGUCGCACUCCUGCUGGCGAUAAUCGUGGCGCGCAACCGCCGCCGCCGCGACCGCGUUUUCGAUACUCUCGGCGUCGAUACAUCCGCCGAGACUGCACAGCUGGAAUCCGCUGUCGCUGGCUCCGCUGACGUAAGCCAUCAGAAACAACUGCUGCAGCAGCGCGGCUCGUCGACGCAGAAGCGCUCAGGGUCGAGCCGCGGAGGCGGCGGCAAUGCAGCAGCGGUGGCAGAGCUGACGAUGGUUAAUGAAGAGAGAGGUGUCUUUGGCCUUCCGGACCUUAUGAAGGCCUCGGCGGAGGUGCUCGGAAACGGCGGCCUUGGCUCCGCGUAUAAAGCCGUGAUGGCCAGCGGGCUGGCCGUCGCGGUUAAGAGGAUGCGUGACAUGAAUAGAGUCGGCAAGGAAGAGUUCGACGCCGAGAUGCAUCGGCUCGGGCAGCUCCGGCAUCCGAAUAUCUUAACGCCGUUGGCAUACCACUACCGCAAGGAGGAGAAGCUCAUAGUUUCCGAGUUUAUUCCGAAGGGCAGCCUCCUCUACCUCCUUCAUGGUAAUUANUACUUUGCCGCCUCAUUUGACAUAAAAAUUUUUUUAGUAAAAUAA